AUGUCUCUAUAUCGAGUAUCACCUAUACCCAUCGAUCAUAUUGAAAUAUUUCGACAACAAACAAGUCCACCUUCCAUUCCGUCAUCUCCAACCUAUGGAAUAGAUGCUCCUUUAGGUUUAAUUGCUUCAUUGUGGUCUGCUCCACUUUAUUUAUAUGCUACAUUAAGUGGCAAAUUUCAGGUAUGGGAAGCACUUUUACAUGAUAUAGUCAAGGAUAUUGAUUUGAGUGAACCUUGUCUGGAUUGUGGAUGUGGAAGAGGAAUGGUUCUUCUAAUGCUUGCUCGUUUGAAAAAAGAAUUGAUUUCGAACGGUGUUCGAACAUCGACAUUACCUGUCUAUGGUAUUGAUAUUUUUAACAGUUUCGAUCAGACUUCUAACUCAUCGCUUUCUACCUGUCAGAAUGCAGCUUCUACAGAGCUAUUAGAAUAUAUUAUUCUGCAUACUGGUACUUUUCUUGAUCUUCCUUUUGCCGAUGAUUCUUUUUGUCUGGUUACUUCAUCAUUAGCAAUUCAUAAUGUUUCGAACAAAGAAGAAAAACAAGGUGCAAUAAGAGAAUGUGCUAGAGUAACGAAACCAGGUGGUUGGUUAUUAAUCGUUGAUUUAAAAGGUAGUGUUGCACUCUAUGAGAACACAUUACGAGAACUUGGUUGGCAUUCAAUAGAACGUAAAUGGGCUGGGAUGAAAAUGAUGUAUGGAAUGUGGCCUUGUGAAGUACUCAAAGGAUCAAAACCACUGCGAACAACGUGA